UGAAAGUGAUGGAGUCUUACGCUCCUCUUCUGGAGAAGACCCGAGUCCCCCAACCGGGGCUCCAAAAGUUGGCCGUCGAUUCAAUAUUUUCGAAGCUCCGAUCAGCGCCCAAACACCUCGACCCGGAAUCCGAACCCGGAAGACACGCCAUUUCUCACUGCCUCAACUCCUCUUCCCCUCACGUCGUCGACCAAUCCGUUCGCAACGUGUGUCGCCUCGUAACCGAUUCCGUCAUCUCCGUCUCCCGCGCCUUGCUGGAGCUCCAAUCCGCUCUCGAAGGAUCCGACCCGAAACUCGUAACCGUUUUCGUGAAGGGAUUGGGCUUCCUUGUUCGCUACUCUUUCCGCAGCAACAAUGCCUCUUCCGACUUCACUUCUACCCUCACUCACCCCUUCGUUAAGGUGUUGUUGUGUCGGUCGGAAGUUCAAUCUGAACUCCUGCGGCAAGUGUUGCUGUUUAUGUUGGAGAAUAAGCGUCUGGAAAUGGUGCAAGUUUGUGAAAUUUUAAGGCCCUUGUUGAAUUUCUCAAUCAUAAAGUUUUUAGCUUUGGAAUCAUCAUCCUCCUCAUUUGCGAUGCAACUGGUAUCGUCUAUGGCAGCAUUCUGUUGCUCCUUUCCGCAUGAGUCCAUGCCUGUUUUUAAGCUGCUAAUGGGGUCCCUUAAGUAUCUUCCACACGAGACAUGUGAAGACUACAGGAAAUUAGUAUUUGUUAUAGAACAUAUGGUGGAAGCAUAUAUAGUGGUACUGAAAUCUUUGGCUGGAAAUAAAUCACUGAUAACUGAAGCUCAACUACAUGCUGUUGAAUUUCUGGAAACAAUUCUUUCUCUAUCCACAUGUCUUCAGUGGCACCCUGGUGGCUAUGAGCCCAUAUGUGAACUCUUUAAGCGCUUGUUUUCUGUACAGAAAGAUCUUGGGUUACAAUGGUUGCCUGGUUUGUCAUCGACCAUGCUGUCAUUAUUCACUAUCCUUAUUCAGUCAGAACUUGAACAUGAACAAAUUUCUAUAUUGAAAUUCCUUCUCUUAAUCCUGAAGUGGAAAUGCAAUAACAAUGAUGCUAUCAGCAGAACUAAAUCCUCUUUUUUUGAAGAGACUUUGUUUCUUCUUCCUGUUGUUAGCCUCAUGUCAUCUUCAUCCAAAUCUGUGAAGGGACUGGCUAUUGAUUUGCUUCUCCUCUUGGAAAAGCUCCUUGUCAAGAUGUUUGUGGCACUAAAAGAUAAACCAAUCGUUGAGGGGGGUGUUCAUUAUCCUAGCACACCAGGAUAUAUAGUUUUGAGACUUUUACGACAUCUGUGGUACCAGGAUGGAGAAUCUUCUUACAGAAUUUCCCUUCUGAAGUUGGCUUUAAAGGGCAUGAAUCAAAGUGAAAUAAUGCAUGAUAGUCCAACAUCUUGGGUUUCUCAUGUAAGAGGGUUCUGUUUGUCAAUUGUUGACCAACGAAAAUCUUCAUUACCUCUCUCACAUUUUCAGGAAGUAUUUUUGAAUGAGAUACCCUUGUUACUCAGUGCUGUUCUCGGUGUUUUAUUGAUACAGCCAUUAAUGGGCGCUGCUGCUGUCGAUUCUUUGUCUUCCAUUGCCAUUAUGGAUCCCAAAAUGGGAGUUCCUUUGUUGUUAACCAUUAUGUUUUACAGUAAUAUAUUCACAAGACAUGAUGUCAAUCACCAUGAUAUGUUGCUAAAAGUUUUUGAAAUGCUGCCAUCACUUGCUUCACACUCCGCAAUGAUUCCACUUGUAGUUCAAACAAUCUUGCCAAUGCUUAACAAAGAUGCAAAAGUCUCAUUAUAUUCUACAGCAACUAGAUUGCUAUGUCGAACUUGGGAGAUCAAUGAUCGAGCUUUUGGGAGUUUGCAAGGUGUCUUGCUCCCUAAAGCGUUUACUGAUUUCACUUCAGAGAGAACUAUCUGCAUCAGCAUGGCUGCUUCCAUUCGAGAUGUUUGCCAUAAAAGUCCUGACAGGGGUGUUGACCUCAUCUUGUCUGUAUCGUCUUGCAUUGAGAGCCAAGAUCCUGUAAUUAAAGCUCUUGGCUUGCAAAGCCUUGCCUUCCUUUGUGAAGCAGAUGUGAUUGAUUUUUACACUGCAUGGGAUGUCAUUGCAAAGCACGUGCAAGGUUACCAAGAUGACCCUAUUCUUGCUCAUAGCCUUUGCCUUCUGCUAAGGUGGGGUGCAAUGGAUGCAGAAGCAUAUCCAGAAGCAUCAAAGAGUGUGUUGCAAAUUAUGUGGGAUGUAGUUACCUCUGGUCAGGAGACACUGUGGGCAAAAGCAAGAAUUUCAGCCCUGGAGGCACUUGCCCAAUAUGAAGUGUCUCAGCUUGAAAAAAGUAUUCCUGAUUUCAAGAAAAUGAAUUUGGAGAUGUUCUUUUCUGAGACUAAUCCCAAAGUACUGACGGUUAUGGAGGAAUUCUAUGUCAAGAUAAUUACAUAUGAGCACAUAAAUCGCCGAAGACUUGUCAAGGAGAAAAAAGUUACAGGAAGUAAGAUUGAAAAAUUGAUGAAUGUAUUUCCACAGGUUAUGUUCUCUUCAGGAAAGAUAAGUGAGGCUAGGGAAUUACCUGGUGCAGCUUUAUUGUGUUUUUCUUUCCCUCGUAAAGAUGUGAAUGAAUAUCAAGCGUCAAAAAGGUUAAGAGAUGUACACGCUGGGUAUGCAAAUGCUCUAGUGGAAGUUGCUACUUCUCUUCAGCUGUCAAGAAAUAUCUUGCUUGCACUGAUGGCACUGCAAUCAUGGAAAGGCUUCAUGCGACAUUGGAUGAAGGCUUACACUUUGUCCUAUGAUGCUAAGGCACAAUCAAGUGCCCUAGACAAGACUUCUAAAGCUGCUAGUGAAAUUUUAAAGAGUGUGAUAGCAAUAGCAAAUGAGGCUAUACCUAGAGCUGCUGAAAAUAUUGCACUGGCUAUUGGUGCACUCUGUGUGGUUUUGCCUCCAUCUGUUCACACUGUUAAAUCUGCUGCUUCAAAGUUUCUUUUGGAGUGGUUGCUCCAACAUGAACAUGAACACCGCCAAUGGUCUGCUGCAAUUUCUCUGGGGGUAAUCUCAAGUGGCCUUCAUGUAACGGAUCAUAAACAGAGAUAUCAUAACAUCACGGGACUUCUUGAGGUUCUCUUCGUUAGCAGAAGUUCCCUUGUAAAAGGAGCAUGUGGUGUUGGAUUGGGUUUUUCUUGCCAAGAUCUUCUUACCAGAGUUGAAGCUGCUGAUACCUCUACUGUUGAGAAGGAAACAGAAAAGGUUCCAGAAUCUGAAUUACUAGGAAGAAUUGUUAGGGCCUUAGCUAUGAUGAUACAGCACAGAACUCAAUGUUCUUGUGAUGUUUUGGACAGUCUAUGUUCAUGCUUUCCACUGGGUUCAUAUGAUGGGAAUGUGAAAGUAUUUGAACCAUUAUCUGAGAACAAUGAAGACUUGGAAGAAGAUAUCUGGGGUAUUGCUGGACUUGUUCUUGGUCUAGCUACCUCUAUUAGUGCAAUAUACAGAAUUGGAGAGUUAGAGGCGGUUAUCAAGAUAAAGAACUUGGUAAUAUCAUGGCUUCCACAUGUCAAUUCACUAGGUGAAAACAGUAGUUUCAAGGGGGAGGAAUCUAAGAUUGUUUUGGCACUAGGAUCCUGUAUUGCACUUCCCACAAUAGUUGCUUUUUGCCAGAGAAUGGAAUUGAUGGAUGAUGUUGAGUUGGACCACAUUGUAGUUGGCUUUAAAGAGCUGAUUUCUGAGUUAAUUUCUGUGAAAAAGUCUGGUAUUUUGCACCAUAGUUUGCUGAUGGCAUCAUGUGUUGGAGCAGGGACAGUACUUUCAUGUGUACUGAAUGAAGGUGUUUACUCUGUUGAGAUUGAACAUGUUAAAUGUUUACUGGAACAGUUCAGAAAAUGUUACUUGAAUCCAUUCCCUUUUCUUGUCCAUCUUGGAGGCAUGCUAGGAGUUGUUAAUGCUAUGGGAGCUGGUGCAGGAAUUUUGGUCAAUAUGAACUUUCCAAAUUACACUAGGCAAUCUGGUUAUCAGAAGAAGGAAUCUUCUUCUGUCAUGGGUCCUCUUCUAUCAAGUUCUGAUUUUGAAUCCCACUUGACAUCUUUGGUGCAAGAGAUGUUUCUUGUGGCACAGAAUUCUGAUAAUCAUCAGCUCCAACAGUUUGCUUCUUGGGUGCUUGCCUUCCUUCGACAUCAUUUAUGGUCCAAGGAACUUUUGGGGGUUGAUGAAGAGAGGAAUGUGGCCCAAACUAAUUCAAAAUCUGUUUCUCAAAGUUUUUCUGAGGACAGUCUGGUUCUGAAACUCAGUUUGUGGCUUAUGGAUUUCAAAUACACUGAGCUGGGUACUAUGAUACACAUUGGCACAGUGGUUGCAGUAUUAAGGUGCCUUUCUAGAGCUCCCAGGUUGCCAGGCUUGGAUUGGGGGUCAAUUAUUAGGCGUUGUAUGAGAUAUGAGGCCAAGGCUGCUGAUUUGUUACCAAAAGACUCUGCUUGUAAGAAAGAAACUCUAAGGGAGGAGUGCGUACUGUUUGCAAUAGCUCAUGCAAAUCAAUUUGAUUCACUGCUAACUUUUCUGGAUGAGCUAUCUGAUUUUUCUAGGUUCAGGACACUUGAAAUAAAUCUGCAGGCAUGUCUGCUAAAUCAUCUAGCAGAUCUUGUAAAAGUAUAUUCAAACUCCAGGCUUGAGAAACUAUUUGGUGAUGUGAGUAAUCACUUAUCUUUAUUUUCCUCAUCUGAAAAGUCUAGUACCUGCCAGAAAAGACUGUUAUGUAUUUCAUGCUGGAAGGGUCUCUAUGAGUGUCUAGAUGAAGUUUCUGUGGACACAUCUGGUCACAUAUCCCAUAUUGAGAGGUGCAUGGAGGUUCUAUUUAGUAUAUUGCCAAUGGUGCAAUCUUCUGGAAAUGUAGAAUCAGGGGACAUAAGUUUUGCAGAGGAGUGGUCCAAGGCUGUAAGAUGCUUAGGGAAGGCUCCACAGAGUUGGCUAUUGGAUUUCCUUAAGGUUUCACGCGAGGAGUUUGUUCAGACUCUUCAGAGUACUGACAAAUCAAUUGAAGUCCUAAAAAAGGUUUGUGCUAAGAUCAAGCUAGUGAAGACUGGUUCUCUUUCACUGAUUGAACUUGGAAAAAUGAAAUCCUACAUAUUGAACUCCAAAUCACAAGGACUCUGGGAUAUACUCUUUGAAGUUGUUGCAGCUUUGUACCAUGCAGAGGGAAGUAUCAAAAGACAGUGGCUAAUUGAUGCUGUUGAAAUUAGCUGCGUAUCCAGUUUUCCUUCCACGGCGCUGCAGUUUCUUGGUCUGUUAUCUGCUACCUGUUGCAAAUAUAUGCCCUUCAUGAUUGUGGACCAACAAAUGGUGCUGAAUAAUCUACCAGUCACCCUCGUGUCUCUUCUAGCAGAUCGAAGCUGGAAUGUCGUAGCAGAAACCGUUGUGUCCCACUUUUUUUCAUCUACAGAACGUAUAUACAAUUGGGCUGUUCAAAUAGCAGAUGGUUCUUAUAUUCCUGGUUCGCAACCCAUUGAUGAAAGUGAGAAUCACAUGGCUGUUUUUCUACCACGAGUGAUGCAUCAUACGUGUGUAUUACUGAAAAGCUACUUGCCAUUAGAUAAGCAGCUUAGGCUCGCCAACAUGGUUAUUGCUUGAGAUGCAAACUACAUUCUUGAAAGUAUAGGAUUAUGAUCACAUUAAAAUUGAGGCACGUCCUCAUAAAUUGUUUGCUCAAAGGAACGGCACCAUCUUGCCACGCGUAGCACGAUGGUGUUUGGGAAUUAUGCUUUGUUAUUCAUGGAAUGCGGAUAAUUCUGUGUUUUUCCUGCACUCCCCGAUUCGUUAUUCCAAAGUGAAUUGAGAGGACACAGUGUUGAGCAGAAGCCAACCGUGUGGGAUGUCUCUUGCAAAGCAUGAAGCUGUACAUACACUUGUUCAAUCCGAUGCACUAAAAUUCAGCAGAAGCAGAAUGCAUGUUGUACCAUUUUCUUUUUUCCCUGUAUACAAGUCUGUUGUAUCAUAUGCUUAUAUGCAAGUAAAAACUGAACAAGAUAGUUAUGU